UUCACGCAGCUGGCGGACGGCACCAUCGUCAAGCCCGACGUGGACAUCACGUGCUCCACGGCCGCGGGCUCGUCGCUCAUCGACUUCGCGGUGACCAAGCGCGGCUUCGAGGCCUUCUUGCAGCUCCGCGCCUGUCUGCAGGGGCCCUGGAAGACGCGCGUGGGCCUGGGGCUGGACAUCGCCAGCGGCCACGAGCAGUGGUGGCACCAGGUUCUAGCGGUGCCUCGGGCCUUGCCGCCCCGCGAGCGCCCUCGCAGGCUGCCGCAGGAGGGCAGCAAGCGGGCGCGCAGGAUGCUGGAGCAGAGGCGGCCUCGCAGGGAGGACGUCGACCCGAACCUGCGCGCCGCCUUCGACGACCUGGCCGAGGACUUCGAGGCAUGGACUGUCCCUGCGGGCUCAGGGGUCGGUGCGGUCACCGACCUUUACGGCCGCUGGGUGAGCACGCUGGAAGGGGCGGUGCUCCAGGUCGAGGGCGCGGACGACACCGCGCGUAGGCUGUCGACGCUGCGCAAGCACAACUCCGACCACCAGCAGCAGCUCACCACCGUCGAGACCAUCGGGAGGAUGAUGGAGCAGGGCGAGAGCCAGCCCGAGGACGUCAUUUUCGGGAAGCGCAUGGGCACGGCCGACGUCGAGGCUUGGACGGCGGCGGUCCACUCCAGCACUCGCGCCGCAGCGGAGCUGGAGGAGCUGCGCGCCGCGGUCGAGCGCACCCACGUGCUGGUGCAGCGGGCUUUCGCGCGCAGUCUGGCUGCUGCUGGCCACGCGUUCGUGCGCUGGGCUCAGGACUGCUGGAAGAGGCGCCCAGAUGCGGCCCGCCGGGACGUCAGGGCCGAGGCCGCAGCCCCAGAGGCCGCGGCCGACCCGGCAGCCCUGCUGGCCGACAAGGCUGCCUGCUGGGAGCCGCGCUGGCAG